AUGAGUGAAAAGACAAUUGUUGUUUUACCAGGUGACCACGUUGGUACUGAAAUUACUAAUGAAGCUAUCAAAGUUUUAAAAGCCAUUGAAGAAGUUCGUCCAAACGUCAAAUUUAACUUUCAACACCAUUUAAUCGGAGGAGCUGCCAUUGAUGCUACUGGUGUUCCAUUACCUGAUGAAGCUUUAGAAGCUUCUAAAAAGGCUGACGCUGUUUUAUUAGGUGCUGUUGGUGGUCCAAAAUGGGGAACUGGUGCUGUCAGACCAGAACAAGGUUUAUUGAAAAUUAGAAAAGAAUUAAACCUUUAUGCUAAUCUAAGACCUUGUAAUUUUGCAAGUGAAUCUUUAUUAGAACUAUCACCAAUCAAAGCUGAAUUUGCAAAAGGUACUGACUUCACCGUUGUUAGAGAAUUAGUUGGUGGUAUCUAUUUUGGUGAAAGAAAAGAAGAUGACGGUUCUGGUGUUGCUUCAGAUACUGAAACUUACUCGGUUCCAGAAGUUCAAAGAAUCACUAGAAUGGCUGCAUUCAUGGCGUUACAACAUAACCCACCUUUACCAAUCUGGUCAUUAGAUAAAGCUAAUGUUUUAGCAUCAUCAAGAUUAUGGAGAAAAACUGUUACUGAAACAAUUGAAAAGGAAUUCCCACAAUUGACUGUUCAACAUCAAUUGAUUGACUCCGCUGCUAUGAUUCUGAUCAAAUCACCAACCACUUUGAAUGGUAUAGUUAUUACUUCAAACAUGUUUGGUGAUAUUAUUUCCGAUGAAGCAUCCGUUAUCCCAGGUUCAUUAGGUUUAUUACCAUCAGCUUCUUUAGCUUCUUUACCUGAUACAAACAAAGCUUUUGGUUUAUAUGAACCUUGUCACGGUUCUGCCCCAGAUUUGGCUGCUAAUAAAGUCAAUCCAAUUGCAACCAUUCUUUCAGCUGCUAUGAUGUUGAAGCUUUCAUUAGAUUUAUUCGAAGAAGGUGUUGCUCUUGAAAAAGCUGUUAAAGAAGUUUUGGAUGCCGGUGUUAGAACUGGUGAUUUAAGAGGUUCAAACUCAACAAAGGAAGUUGGUGAUGCUGUUGUUGAAGCUGUUAAAAGAAUUCUUAAAAAUUAA